GUUGAUAAGAGUAUUAAAUACUUGACAAACCUCCCUUUAAGGUACAUUUUGAUCAGAUACAAAAUGUGUGAUUAAUCGCAAUUAAUCAUGGGCGAUUAAAUAUUUUAAUCGAUUGACAUCCCUAUCAAGAAGAUGAUUAUGAAAAUGGAUUAAAAUAAAUUAGCUCAUUCAUUCAGUUUUAUAACGUAUUAUGCAUUUGCAUAAAAAUGUUCUUGCAGGAAUGAAUAAAAACUAAAUAUUGAUUUGUGUGUGGUAACAUCUUUACUUUUGGAAAGAACCACUCAGUGGUUGAUGAGCUGGUUUGUUUGCUUGGUUUUGUUUGCCUCUCUUGCAACAUUUUGUCCUGACUGACUCAUUGCUGGGAACAAAUACACUCAACGUUAUACAAAAUCAAGUCGGUGAUCAAAAACAGAAGGAGCUCUGCGGUGCCUGUCAGUGCUUUAAAGAUGAACUUGUGGACGCUCCUGACUCUCAUUGCUCUGGCUGAGUGCGCCCACUCUUGUCCAGAUCUGUGCUCCUGUUCCUUUACACCAGAGGUGGUGUGCAGCACAAGCUCCCUGACACAUUUCCCUGUGGACGGUUUACCCUCCAACACCAAUCGACUAUCCAUCCAAUCCACCAACCUCAGCAGUAUCACAGCCAGCCAUUUGAGUGUCGUGCCCCUUUUAACCAACCUCCAGCUGUAUCACAGCAACCUGAGGAGCCUUCCUUCAGAUCUGCUGAAGGACGUUCCUCACUUGAACACGUUGGAUCUGACAGGAAAUCAGCUGGUUCGUCUUCCUCCAAAUAUCUUCAGCAACGUCUCACUUCGUAGUCUCGUGCUGAAGAAUAAUCUGAUUGAAAAAGCUGAUGCUGAGUGGUUUCCCGGCAACAGUAGCGUCACCUGGUUGGACUUGGCUAAUAACCGUUUAACAGUUGUACCCGUCGCUCUGCUUCAGAGGCUGCCCAAUCUGGAGGAUCUAGACUUGAGUGACAACAAUCUGCAAGAGCUCCAACCUGACGCCCUGAAGAACCUGCACCACCUGGAGAGGCUGAAUCUCGCCGGUAACAAAUUAAGCUCCCUGAAGCCAACAACCUUCACCCACACCCUGAAACUAUCUCAUCUAUAUUUGCAGGAGAAUCAGCUCCAAGAGCUGCCAGCGACCCUCCUCCAGGGUCUCCUAAAUCUUGAAGUUCUGAUGCUGAAUCAGAAUCAGCUGCAGCAUUCCCCCUCAGGGCUGCUGGACGACAAGAAUUCCUCUUUCCGGGUGAUCUUAAUAGGAAACCCCUGGAUGUGCGAUGAGAGGAUGGAGUAUCUGUGGAAGUGGCUCACUGUGCAUCCUCAAAAUGUUAUCUUUUUGGAGGAGGUGACGUGUGCAGGGCCUGAAGCCCUUAAACACAGACAAGUGGUCUCUUUGACUGACAGUGAGCUCGGACUUCACAAGACUCAAAAUGAGUGAUGGGGAGGUGGUCAAAAAAAAUGUUUUUGGUCUCUAAAUUCCACUAAAAUCAUAUGUCAAAUGAUAAGUUAUUGAUUGUGUCAAAGGCUGAAAUAAAACUAUGAUUCAUUCUUUUAUCCUG